GUACCCUUCUCCGCGGUGGCAGCCGUCGCCCCCGUUCCUAGAGCGUUGGGGGGAGUGCAGGAAAUCCUGACGGAGUGCCAAGAGGGAAGGAGUGGAGAGAGAAUGAAGAAGCCAGCUGAGCAGGAGAAGCAUGAGGUGGCAGCGCGACGCUCGGUUUAACGGGCUCCGGCUGAUGGUCCCAUGGGUGUCGUCGCUAUUGGUCCUGGCCCUGGGCUGCUGGGGGCUGGCUGCUGCCGCCGCCGCCAUUGCCACACCACACGAACAGCAUGCCUCCAGGGCCUCCUCCAGCCAAGUGCCGCUGGACUGGCUGCUCACUGACCGAGGACCAUUCCACCGAGCCCCUGAGUAUGCUGACUUCAUGGAGCGCUAUCGGCAGGGCUUCACCACCAGGUACAGGAUCUACAGAGAAUUUGCUCGUUGGAAGGUGAAUAACUUGGCAUUGGAAAGGAGAGAUUUCUUCAGCUUGCCUCUGCCUCUGGCUCCAGAAUUCAUCCGCAACAUUCGUCUCCUGGGGCGCCGGCCCAGCCACCAGCAGAUCACUGAAAACCUGAUUAAAAAAUAUGGGACCCAUUUCCUGCUUUCAGCCACUCUUGGAGGAGAAGAGUCCCUGACCAUUUUCGUGGACAAGCGCAAGCUCAGUCGGAGAGCAGAAGCGGGUGGUGCAUCAGGAAGUGGCGGGAGUAACACCACGGUCUCCUUGGAAACACUGCACCAGCUGGCUGCCUCGUACUUCAUCGACCGUGAAAGCACUUUGCGGCGCCUCCACCACAUCCAGAUAGCAACAGCUGCCAUCAAGGUCACUGAAACCAGGACAGGGCCACUUGGCUGCAGUAACUAUGACAACCUCGAUUCUGUGAGCUCUGUUCUUGUCCAGAGUCCUGAGAACAAAGUUCAACUGCUUGGCCUGCAGGCACUGCUGCCUGAGUACUUGAGGGACGGCUUUGUGGCUGCUGCCCUGAGCUACAUCACCUGCAAUUCAGAGGGGGUGCUGAUCUGUCGAGAGAAUGACUGCUGGUGCCAUUGUGGGCUUAGUUUCCCACAAUGCAACUGUCCUGAAGCCGACAUCCAGGCUAUGGAAGAAAGCCUCCUCCAGAUCCAAGGAGUUUGGGAGAGUCACAACCAACAGUUUCAGGAAUCAGAGGAACUCCAGUCCCUGGUGAAGAAUCUCCCAGUGGACCGCUUCUUGAACAAAACUGCCGUCUCCCAAUUCUGGGCAAUGGAUCUUGAUAUUCAGCAUCGCUACCAGAAACUGGGCACCACCUUGAAGAUGCUUUCCAAGAAGACCCAUCGGAUUGUCCGACGCCUUUUCAAUCUGGCCAAACGCUGCCACAGGCAACCUCGCUUCAGACUUUUGAAGGAGAGGCCCUUGGCCUACUGGUGGAGCCGCGCUCAGUCCCUGCUCUACUGCAGUGAGACCGCUGUGCCAGGGACCUUUGUGGAAGAAAGCCUCAGCUGCACCUGCCCCCAUGACCAGCCCUCCUGCCAGGGGACCAUCCCCUGUGCCGUGGGGGACGGCCCAGAAUGCGCUGCCUGUGCAGAGGACAAUGGCACCCAGUGUGGCUCCUGCAAUCCUGGCUACGUGCUCACCUUGGGACUGUGCCGCCCAGAGGUGGCCGAGUCUCUGGAGCACUACUUAGGGCUGGAGACAGACCUGCAGGACUUGGAGCUCAAGUACCUUUUGCAGAAGCGGGACAGCCGCAUCGAAGUGCACUCCAUCUUCAUCAGCAACGACAUGCGCUUGGGGACGUGGUUCGACCCCUCCUGGAGGAAGAGGAUGCUCGUGACCCUGAAGAGCAACAAGUACAAGCCGAGCCUGGUCCACCUCAUGCUGGCCCUCUCCCUCCAGAUUUGCCUCACCAAGAACAGCACCCUGGAGCCAGUCAUGGCGAUCUACGUCAACCCCUUUGGGGGUAGCCACUCCGAGAGCUGGUUUAUGCCCACCAAUGAGAGUGGCUUUCCUGACUGGGAAAGGACUAACGUGGAUGCCUCUGGCCAGUGCCAAAACUGGACCCUCACGCUAGGCAACAAAUGGAAGACCUUUUUUGAGACGGUGCAUGUCUACCUGAGGAGCCGCAUCAAAUCUCUCAAUGACACCUCCAACGAAACCAUCUUUUACGAGCCCUUGGAGAUGGACCCUUCCAAGAACUUAGGGUACAUGAGGAUCAACAGCUUACAGGUCUUUGGCUACAGCCUGCCCUUCGAGUCCGACGCCAUUCGGGACCUCGUCCUUCAGCUGGAUUACCCGUACACUCAAGGCUCCCAAGACUCUGCUAUAUUGCAGCUGAUUGAGAUCCGGGACCGAGUGAACCGUCUCUCUCCACCCGGAAAGAUCCGCCUCGACCUUUUCUCUUGCUUGCUCCGGCACAGGCUCAAAUUGGCCAACAACGAGGUAAGUCGGAUCCAGUCUACCCUGCAGGCCUUCAAUGCCAAACUGCCAAACCCAGUGGAGUAUGAGACUGGUAAGCUGUGCAGCUAGCCUUGGGCGUGGGGCAGGGCCGUUCUUGUAACCCUGGAGGAGAGGACUGGGGAAAGAGAAGUGGAGACUUCUAAAGGCCUUACUUUCAUGCCAGUUGUGCGCUUCGGAGACACAGUCAGGGGACAGCCAACCAGACUCCAUUGUUUGCAGGGUCUCUGGUGCCAACUUGCAAACGAGCGAUUGCACAAAUCUCUGGAAUGUCGUAGCCGAGAGGAGGCCAAAGGGCAGCGCUGCUGCAAGUGCUCUGCUUCAGCUUCUGAAGAGGCGACAUUAUCUCCUUCCCAGCAAGGCUACGUUUACGGGGCAUGCAAGAACCUGUACAGGCAUGUGAACAAUCCAGGAGAGGAUGU